AUGGAGUUCGAUUUGAAAAGCAGUCCGAGGGCGAAGAACACGGCUACAGCGAAGGACAUUUGCGCCUGCUUCGUGAUUCAUUUCAAGAACCGACCUAUCGAUAUAGCAUCUUUCAGAGAGGCAGAUACAAAAGUCGUGCAAGAGCAUGAGGCCUUGAUCCAAGAAAUCGUGGAAAAAACUUUGAGGCCGACAGUGAAUGUCCUGAGGGAUGGCAUUAUGCAGGCCUUUGAGAUAAGCAAAGACGAUGCACAGGAAAUUGCCAAGAAGAUCUGCUCCUGCUUCGUUCUUGCUCGAAGCAAGAUGCAGAGCACCUCCACUGGCAAGAAAUUGGAGCCAGCGCUCUGGAGGCUUGUGCAGAGGCUUAAGAGUUUGUCCGACACUUGCAAUUCUUCGCCGAAAGCAUCUAGUUCGAAGGCCAGUUCUCACGAAGUUCCAUCGACAUCCCGGGCUUCCAACUUGAAGAAGAGGUUGUUGUUCUCUCCUGAGAGGAGAGUGAGACGCAAGACGGCUGCACGUCCCGAGUCCGCCAAAGAGAUUUUGUCGGUUUAUGGACUUAAUCGGACAGAUGCAGAGGAGGAGGUUAAAGAUGCAGACGUCGAGCUUGCAGACGAAGCUGGCGAUGUUGAUGACUUUGGUGUUAUUCAUGACAGCCAAAGCGAAAUUGAAAUCUGCUCGUCGGAAAAUGAGGAGCCGGCCGCAGCGAAGACCAAAGGACUAGCAAAGAAGGCUUAUUUUGACCCUGCGGCUGGAUGCUACAUCAGACUCAAUCCAGAUGGCCAAGAAGUGAGAGGAGAACUUUCAGAGGGACCUGAGGGGUUCUGCAUGGUUCGCUUUCCAUCUGAAAUGCCAUUCCAAUCGGAGGUGCCGAAUUUAUGGCUUGCUCAGAUGAAUGAAGGCAAAAAAGGCCCGAAGCUGAAACGAGCUCGUGGGAAAGCUAAAGCCAAAGCGAAGGGCAAGUGUAAGCAGUCGUCCGCCCCGGAGGAGCAGGAAGCACCGGAUUCCGAAGCAGCUCCUGCUGAGGAGUCUCCUGAUGCAGCAAGCGAUUCUGGUCCUGACAAAAAGCUCGAGGCGGCGAGGCCUGCAAAUUCUGCAGCUAGUGAUGCACUCCUGUUCCAAGGCUAUGAUAUCACAGGAAUGCCAGAAGAGGCUCAGCCACCGGCCGAUGCUUCGGGCAAGCACUCUUACACUGUUCGACUGCCGGACGGGAUCGCCAUUGACGUCCUUGUGAGGAACAAGGCUUUCUGGAUUAAGAAGCCAACAGAAUGCCGAUCCCAGUACUCCUGGUCGCAGUACGACAAUUUAGCAGAUGCUUGGAGUCUGGCGGCAGCAGCUGCGAUCCCGGUCGAUCUUCAAAUUCGAGAUCGAGGUAGCAGUCAGGAUUCGAGUAUUGUGCAGCUGCGAUUGCUCGAUAUCUUUUUUGAGCUUGGUAGCUCUGCAGCUAUGUUGAGCAAGUCGCAGCGAGAUGCACCUGAAGCCCUGCAGGACAUUCGUAUGUGUCCGAAGUGCGGCACCCGCAGUUAUCUCCGCAAGCGGGUGUGUAUCAACAUAUUAUGCCAGUGGUAUUACAUGCGUCAGGAGCCCAAUACCAAUCUUUGGGCACGUGGCCCCAUUCAGAGUUCAAAUGCCCAGACUGCAUCCUCGGGGUCCCUGGGCUCUUCGAGCAUGCAACGAAAUUGGAGCUGGACCUCGUGGAAGAACAGCGGCUACGCUGACGGCGUAUAUCAGAACAAGCUUGAGCAACAACUCCAAGACGUCCUCGAGGAGGAGGAAGCGGACUCGGAGGAGCCGGAGGACCCGGAGGUUCAGGUUGUGGCUGCUCGGGAAGGCGACGGGCCACGGAUCGAGGAGGUCGUGUCCAGCGACGAAGAGGCGAAUGCCUUCAUCUUCGGCUUGGAGAAGAAAAAUCAAGUGAGCUCUUAUUCCGAGUAUGAGGAGGCCCGCCAUGCAUGGGAAAGCGCUUCCCAGGAGCACAAGGCGGGGCAUGCUCUGAGGUCAGCCAUAAAGAUGGAGAAGGAGCAUAGCUAUGGCUCGGAGAAGGCUGCAUCGGCAGCCCAAGUGGCCCUUGAGGAGGGCCAAAAGUGGCAGAGGCUUCAGGCCAAGGGUGCUGCUUCGGAGAGGUUUGCAAAAGCAGUGGAAAAACGGCGCUUUGUGCCUGUGAAAGCAGAGCCGCCGGUGCAGGAUGACCCGUAUAUGCAGUAUGGGCAAGCUCCUGUGGAGGAGCCAAGCACCGGGGCCGGUGACACUGCUGAGCAAAGCACGGCUGCGAAUGAGCAAAGUACCCGUGAGGAUACUUGGGGCGAUUAUUCAAGCAGCUAUGGCCGUGGUUGGAAGAGCGGCGGCCGCAAGCAGCAGUCGAGCUCCAGCUGGGAGAGGCCCGGCCCGCAGAGUGGCAGAAGCCAGGAUGCCAUGCAGAAGUACAAUGAAUGGGAAGAGUUUAUGGAUAAAAAAUCCCAGGCUUAUUGGGGCUCGGAUCGAUGGCAGCGGGACUAUGCCUCUCAGGAGCAACAGCAGUCUUUCAAGAAGAGCAAAGGCAAGAAAAGAAAGUUGUGGCUCGCCAGCCAGAUUGAGACUCUGAAGCAGGAGGGCAGAUGGGUCGGAGGAGCUCCGUCGGAAUCCUCCAAGAAGCUUCGUUUGAUCCGUGAGGCCGAGGCGAAGCAGAUUGCAGGCCAAGGAGCCCGUCAGGAGGGCGGUGGUGCAGCUGAGGAGCCAGCUGCAGUGGAUGCGGGUCCUGACGAGGCUCUUUUGGAGCCCGGCUCGGGGCAUCUGCAGAGCUUCCGAUCCAUGGUGGAAGGCGCCGAGACCAUUGAACACGUGAUUGGUCUUGAUGAAGCCUACAAGCACCUGAAGAAUAACGAAGCGGAAACACAGGCAGAGCAGGCGGCUGCAGAUGAAACCCAGGAAGAGACGAUAAAAACAAGGACUCCUUGGCAGGAGAGUCGGCAGCUGGUGUGCAUCACGUUUGCAGUUUGUUGCUCCUUGGUAGGAGUGGUCCUGCUCCUGGGUCUGUUGUGGGGAGUGAUGGGUGAAGAUAGUGCGGAUCCGCAGAGCGACCAUUCUCCACCGCAUUGGCAUCGGCAGCUGUACCCAGGUGGCAAAGGUCCGCAGAACAGCAAGAUGGCCAAGGCCAUGGCUGCAAAGAGCAAGGCCGCCAAGGCUAAGGUUAAGCACGAAAAGCAGGCGACCCCCAAGAGGAAAGCCAAGGCUGCCAAGGUGGAGCUCGGUGAUGCGGGCGAGGAAGACGAUGAUUCAACGGCACCGAGCGGCUUGGGGUAUGCUCGGGGCACAAUUUCAGCUGCUUUGACCGGGCUUCGCUAUCAGCUCAAAGCUAAAAAAACUACGGAGGAAGAGAAACAAAACGCCCAAAAAGUACUCGAGGAGUACGAGGCGGGGGACAUUGCCACCAAGAGAGAGAUAUUGAGCAAGGUCUCACAGUUCGGCGUCCGUCAGUGUAAUUGGGUACACGAUUUGGUCAAGACGACCGUGAAUACCAACAGUGAGCACGAAGAUACCGUGAAGAACUGGACGGCAAUUUUCAAGCUGGAGGGCAUCGAUGAAAGCGGCUUGGAGGAAGAUAUGAAGAAGGAUCUGCUGGAAGAGCUGAUGUCCGAAGCCGAAAAGCGGUACGGCUAUGAGAGAUCGACGAAAAUUCACCCCAAGUUCGAGGUGCUCAGCAAGUACUUCUACGUGCACUCGAAAGGCCAGGUGGCCCGCCAGGCCACUAAGACGGAGGAGUCCCUGGGAAGCCAUUGUUCCGGCAUGAAGAACUUGCAGUUGAAGGACAAGAGGUCCCUCGACAUCAUGUUGGGCAAGAGUGCGGCAAGCUCCAGUUCCAAGGAUCCGGCUUUGCAGCCGAGCCAGAGCCAUACCCUGGCAAAAGAUCUUUUGAAGAAGAUCGUGGCCGAGAAGAGAAAGCUGACCCAAAACAACGAGGAGCUGAAGUCUUUGAAGACCAAGAUUUCCACGAAGUACAGCGGGGACAAAACAUGGGAUAAUCGCAAGGACGACGUCGAUCAGGCGAUCGCAGCUCUCGAGGACUUCUUGGGUGUUCUUCGCCAGCACGAGGCCGAGAGUGUGCCGGCGGAUGUUACUUCCGAUUGCACCGAGCUUGUGGCCACCUUUCACACUGUCGUCGACCAGGCUGCCAACCACGACAAAGGCAGCAAGGCCUUGCUCAAGAAAGUCAAUGGCCUGAUGGAGUGA